CCGCCGCGCCGCCGGGCUGCAGCUCCUUCCUUCCCCGGGCGCCCGCGGCGAUGUUCAACCGCGCCGUGAGCCGGCUGAGCAGGAAGCGGCCGCCGUCAGACAUCCGCGACAGCGAUGGUAGUUCGAGCAGCAGUCCCCAGAGCGUCAAGAGCACCACCAAGUGGGCGGCCUCCCUGGAGAGUCUUCUGGAAGACCCCGAAGGCGUGAAGAGAUUUCGGGAAUUUUUGAAAAAGGAAUUCAGUGAAGAAAACGUUUUAUUUUGGCUAGCAUGUGAGGACUUUAAGAAAAUGCAAGAUAAGAAGCAGAUGCAGGAAAAGGCCCAGGAGAUCUACAUGACCUUCCUGUCCAAUAAGGCUUCAUCCCAAGUCAAUGUGGAGGGGCAGUCUCGGCUCAGUGAGAAGAUCCUAGAAGAACCACACCCUCUGAUGUUCCAAAAACUCCAGGACCAGAUUUUCAAUCUUAUGAAGUAUGACAGUUACAGCCGCUUCUUGAAGUCUGACUUGUUCUUGAAACACAAGCGAACUGAGGAAGAGGAGGAGGACCCGCCCGAAGCCCAGACGGCAGCUAAGCGAGCUUCCAGAAUUUAUAACACAUGAUCUCCCAAGAACUACGACUGCCGCCUUCGGUCUCACGGAGCAGAGGGGUGGACUGUCAGGACUGUGAGGGGUUGUCAUUGCUCGGUCACGUGCAAGGACUGGGGCGUGCAAGACCUUUCCAUGGGAUAUGUGUAUUUUAUUAACUGCUUGACCAGUCAGUUUUGCAUGAUGGCUAAUCUUACAUAAAAAAAAAAAAAGUAGCUUUGAAGUUUUGGUUCACAAAACAAAUGAGAUCCCUUCAACACUGGACACUUAGAGCAGCUCAAGCUUGAUUAAACUUCACGUGAGGCCACGAGGUGAAACAUGCAGCCACCA